CCACGCCCCCUUGGGCGCUCUCAGCCAAUAGGAAGCGAGCUCUCGUGGGGCCCCGCCCCUCCCUUUCCCGGCAGCACCGGCGGCGAGGAACAGGGUGAUGCUGUCCCAGCUCUUCAUCCUCUCGUCCAAGGGGGACCGGCUGCUCCAUAGGGAUUUCCGUGGGGACCCCUCGGACCCCAUCACUGACGUGGCUGAUGUCUUCUACCGUGGGGUCACUGCACUGCCAGGGGACCAGGCCCCUGUAUUCAUGGCACUGGGCGGUCUCCACUUCGUCCACGUUCGCCACUCGGGGCUCUACUUUGUGGCCACCACCACAGCUGAGGCCUCCCCAUUCACCCUGGUCGAGUUCCUCAACAGGUUCGUGUCUCUGCUCAGGGAUUUCUGUGGCCUCCUGAGUGAGAAGAACCUGGGAGAGAACUUUGCGCUGGUGUCUGAGCUGCUGGAGGAGAUGCUGGACUAUGGUUACAUCCAGAGCACAGCCCCUGAGGUCCUGCGGAGCCUGACCCAGAGCCCCCCAGUCAGCCCCUCCCCCUUCAGCCUCCUGGACCUGGGCUCUAUAGGGCUGUUCGGGGCAGACACUCAGCGCUCCAAGGUGGCUCCAGGCUCUGCUGCCACUCGGCCCCUGGGGACCCCCCGGGGGGAGCAGGGGGAGGAGCUGUUCGUGGACGUGCUGGAGCGGCUGACAGUGGUGCUGGCUCCCAACGGAACCCCCCUAAAGGUGGAUGUGCAGGGGGAGAUGCGACUCAAGUGCUACAUCCCCAACUGCAGAGAGCUGCGCCUUGGGCUGAGUGAGGAAUUCUGCGUGGGAAAAGCAGAGUUGAGGGGCUAUGGGACCCAGGUGCGUGUGGACGAGGUCUCCUUCCACCCCUGUGUCAACCUGGAGGAGUUCGAGGCCCAGCGGGUGCUGCGGGUGACCCCCCCCCAAGGAGAGGUGACCCUGAUGCGGUACCAGCUCCUGGAUGACGUCCCCACACCGCUGCCCUUCCGCCUGUACCCCCAUAUGGAGUGGGACCCUAUGGGGAGGCUCCGGCUGCACCUAAAGCUCCGCUGCGACCUCCCCCCUAAUAACCACGCCAUCAACAUCCGCCUGGAGCUGCCACUUCCCAAGGGGGUGACCAGUGUGGCGCAGGAGCUCAGCAGCCCUGACCAACGGGCCGAGGUCCCCCCCGGCUCCCAGUGCAUCCAAUGGGACAUCCCCAAGUGCCGCGGGGGGGCGCAGGUGGGCGCCAUCUUUAAGCUCCGCUCCCCGGCCCCUCCCCCCGCCCUGCCCCCCGCGGCCGCGCGGUUCGAGCUGCCUGCGGUCACGUGCUCAGGGCUGCGGCUCCGCUUCCUGCGGCUGGCGGGGGGGGGAGGGGCAGGGCAGGCCCCGCCCCCUCGGUGGCUGCGUUACGUCACACACAGCGACUCCUACGUCAUGAGGAUGGAGGCCCCGCCCCCACCCCCGCUGCCCGCGCAGACCAGCAGGGGGAGCCAAUGACACCCAUUGAUAACCAUUGACACCCAUUGAUACCUAUGG